GUGGUAAAGAGACAGCUUGUUGAAAAUUGUGUUCAACCGUGACAGGGUGUGUGGCCCUUUAAAUAUAUUACAAUUACUAAAAACCGAGUGAUUUAUUUGCUGUUUAUUUUACAGCUGUCGCCAUGCGUGGAUUUUGAAAUCAGCUGGGUUUACAGAGCAAUACGACGAGCUUGAUUCAGGGUGCGUCAUACUUCGACAAUGAGUGAACUGGAACAGUUACGGCAAGAGGCUGAGCAGCUUCGCAGUCAGAUCCGGGAUGCCAGAAAGGCUUGUAGUGACUCUACUCUUCAAGAGAUCACAGCUGGUCUGGACUCUGCAGGAAGGAUACAGAUGAGGACCAGACGUACUCUUAGGGGGCAUCUUGCCAAAAUCUAUGCCAUGCACUGGGGCAGCGACUCAAGGUUACUUGUCAGUGCCUCCCAGGAUGGCAAAUUAAUCAUCUGGGACAGCUACACAACAAACAAGGUGCAUGCGAUUCCUCUGCGCUCAUCCUGGGUGAUGACGUGUGCAUACGCCCCUUCAGGAAACUACGUGGCCUGUGGCGGUCUGGAUAACAUCUGUUCCAUCUACAGCCUGAAAACUCGGGAGGGCAACGUCAGGGUUACCAGAGAGCUUCCGGGACACACAGGAUAUUUGUCCUGUUGUCGCUUCCUCAGUGACAACCAGAUUAUCACCAGCUCUGGGGACACCACAUGUGCACUGUGGGAUAUCGAAACCGGCCAGCAGGCCAACACCUUCACAGGCCACAGUGGUGAUGUGAUGAGUCUGUCACUCAGCCCUGACACCAAGACCUUCGUUUCAGGCGCCUGUGAUGCCUCCUCCAAGUUGUGGGACGUUCGAGACGGCAUGUGCAGACAGACUUUCACCGGCCAUGUUUCUGACAUUAACGCUGUCUGUUUUUUCCCAAAUGGAAAUGCCUUUGCUACGGGCUCAGAUGAUGCCACCUGCAGGCUUUUUGACCUGCGUGCUGACCAGGAGCUCAUUUUAUACUCGCAUGACAACAUAAUCUGCGGCAUCACCUCUGUGGCCUUCUCCAAGAGCGGCCGCCUGCUGCUCGCUGGCUACGACGACUUCAACUGCAACGUCUGGGACACGUUAAAGGGCGAGAGAGCAGGUGUCCUUGCCGGCCAUGACAACAGGGUCAGCUGUCUAGGCGUGACUGAUGACGGCAUGGCCGUGGCCACAGGAUCUUGGGAUAGCUUCCUCCGUAUCUGGAACUGAACCCAACAGCUGGACUUUAUGGCAGACUGCACCAUCACUACAGGUCUCAACUGUGAGAACAACAUGCCUUUUGUAUUCACUUAUUCAACACAUUCCUGCAAAGAGGCCCAGGCUGACUCAACUGAGGUCAGACAGGAGGUUAUUGAGAAACGAUGGAGGAAUCAUUGUGCUUUUGUACAUACAUAUGUACAGUAUAUGAAUAUAAAUAUGGUAUAUAUGUACAGCAAUAUGUGCAUGUAUAUGCCAUAUAUAUAUAUGCUCACACAAUGGUAUUGUAUAUAUUUUUUAGUUUGAUCGCAACCCAUUAUAGUGGUUUGUUUUAGAGGUGCAUCAUUUACAGUAUAUUUGAAGUCCAGGAUAUUUUUAGCAGAAUGCGAGAGCCUUUUAGCACAUGCGGCCAUCUUCUUUUUUUUUUUUUUUUUAAUUUUCUUUACAGAAAGCACUUUCUAAAAGCCGAUUUGGCAUAAACAGAAAAAAUGGCAUUAAAAAUGGCUCCAGUAAUGAUUUUUACCCAUUUCCUUCAGUUAAUAGAAAAUGUAUUAGAAACUUUAAGAUACUAGAUAGCUCAAGGGCAUUAUAGACUUUGUGUGUAACCCAGCAGCCACGUAACUAAUGUCCACAAAAUGUCUUUGCUGCUGUGGUAUUAUUAUUUUUUUUUAGUCCCGUAUUUCUAGUAUAAUGUUUUUGUUUUUUAUGAUCCCUGAAUUCUCCUGGAAUUGAGCCAAAUUAAGAACCUAAGAGCUUAAAUGUAGUCUUGUAUUGCCUUGAUCUUCUGCACUGAUCUGUAAUUAUACCAGGAUACUGCUGCCCUCCAAAAACCUGAAACCUUGCGCUACUCUACAAGGACAUCACAGCAUAAUGAAUGCUGUUUUUUUUGGUGGCCAGAAUAAAGCAGAUAAUCCGAGACACAAAUCAGUGUCAUGUAGAUGGCUACUUGCUCAUUUCUCAUCUGCAUGAAAACCUAUUCAGACUUUCCAAGUGCUACUGAAACUAUGUAAAAAAAAAAAAAAAAAAAACCUCAUAAGACCCAGACCUGUGCAGUAUAUGAUCAAUUAUCAGUCUUUAGGUAAUUCUAAAGCAAUUUACAUUCCUAUGGCCUGAGUGAGCUAUGUUUAUUUGUUGGGUCAAGUUUGUAGCAUAGAUUUAGCUUCUAAAUUUAGGCCUAUGUUAAAGAACAACACUAUAAAUAUAUUGUGCAGAAGGCAUUUUGCCUGUUUUGCCUUCACUAAUAAACAAUGCACUAUAUCAUCCUCUUAUCGGAUUGUACCAGCAGUUACCAAAGGGACCAAACAAUUGGCAGUGUUCAUUUCCAUUUAAAGCAACAUCCAUUGCAAUCCCUAGCAGUAUAUUUGAUACAGCCAGACCAUUCAGUCGUUUAUUUUAAUUUUUUUCUUUGUAUUAUAAUUAGCAGGCCUUUUGUUAAGCCUGAAUACAUCAUUUUCUUAAUCAUAAAAUUGAUCAAAACAUUCCCAGUCUAUUUUCUACCCAUUUUUGUGCCAUUGUUCAACUUGACUGGACCAUACCGAGGGAUUUUCUCAAUCAUUUUAACAAACGUGUGUAGUGGACACACUGUGUUAGAAUGCAGUCACAUGUACAAUCCUGGUGCUUAAUUGUGUGUAUGGCAGACUGUAUUAUCGUAGCGAGUGUUUCAGUGAUGACCAAACAGGAUUAACAGCGUUGCUGCUCCCAUGGUCAUUUUUUUUAUCUGUAGAAUGAAGUGCUGAUUUUUUAAGUUGUAUGGAUUUUGGCCUUUAAAACAGAAACUGUAUUAACACUGUAUUAAGACUUUAAAAUCAAUAAAUCAAUAAAAGUGAAACAGGGCAGGUCCACUAAGCUGAAGUAGUUACCAGUCCCUGCUUUUUUUUUUUAAUGUUUUAAGCCAGUAAAAACAAGGCUUUUGUGCCUUGAUAUAUUUUAUAGUGCCAUCAUGUGGACUAAUCAUUAAAGAGAUGAUUUUUUUUUUUUAAUAGUCUCACCAGUUUAUUUUGUAUUUGUACAGUGGCUUGGUGAUAAUGGUGUUACUAUAAGUGGAUAUUGUAUUAAAUAAAACUUUUAACCAAA